UACAGUAUCUAUGGGGCUCCUCACAUUUGCUCUUCUUAAUCUUGGCUGGCCUGCAAUUGCUCUGUGCUAUCCCCUGCUUGCUUCAAUCUGGUUCUAGAUAUCACAUGAGGAAGAUGGUCGAAUAUUGGACACUUUUCUCAUUGUUUUCUCUCUUUGAGUUUGCUUUUGUCAAAAUCAAUGAGUGGACACCUUUCUGGCCUGGCAUAAGACUUGCCGUUAGUUUGAUGUUAGUGAUGCCUCAGUUUGAGGGUGCAGGCCUUGUACGGCCAUUUAUUCAUGGGUUUGGCAUUCUUAAUGAGGAGAGACUUUGUAAGAGAAAAGCAUUUUUGGAUGUAGUAGAAUGGAUCAGAAGCUCUGGAAAAGCUUAUUGUAUCACAGAGGACACCACCAGAAGCAAGAGUGCAAAAUAGACACCCUGAGACUCCUCUCCAAAAUAAAUCUGAGCAAGAAUGGACCUGCAAUUUAUGCGAGAUCACUGGCGUCGGUGAGUCCAUGCUGAAUGCUCAUCUUCGAGGGAGCAUGCACAAGUCCAAGCUUGAGUUCCUGAGAGAAAAUGAUACAAGACCCUUGCCUUCGGGAACAUAUGAUGCUGCCGAGUUUAAAGGGAGAAUGCCACCAAAAGAGCCAGAGAGUUCUCACCUCAACAAUGCUUGGAAACCAUGGUACUGUGAUGUAUGUAAAGUUACUGCCGCGAGUAAGUCAAUGUUUAAUGCUCAUCUUCAAGGGAGUGAGCACAAGUCCAAGCUUGAGUCCCUUAAAGCAAGCUUGCCUGACGCUAAAGAUACUGGACCCUUCUCGCGUUUGCACAUGGAACCAGUUUCUGCUGCUUGUGACCUGAAAGCAACAUAUGCAGCUUCUGAGGCUGAAGAAAUAAUGCCCCCAAAAGAAACUGCAGAUAGGCGCCUACAAACCACCCUCAAGAAAGCUCAGCCAGAAUGGACCAGUGAUGUAUGCAAGGUUACUACCGAGAGUGAGUCAAUGUCGAAUAAUCAUAUUCAAGGGAGCCAACAUAAGUCCAAGCUUGGGACUACCUUGAAAGCAAGCUUGCUCGAAGCAAAAGAUACAGGACCCUCAUCUUUGCAGCAGGUGCAGCACAUGCAGCCGGUUUCUGCUUUUGUGGAAGAAGAGAUUAUGCCACCAAAUGAAAUUGCAGAAAAGGGACUUCCAGAAACCCCUAUCCUCGAGAAAUCUCAGCGAGAAUGGACCAGUGAUCGAUGCAAGGCCACCAAUGAGAAUGAGACAACCUGGAAGCAAGCUUGUCUCUCGCAAAACAUACAUCGUUAUGUUUGUUCAAAGUAAAGAAUGCUGAGAAAAAAUGGAAACGUGACAACCACUAGUGAGAUAACAUUAAACAGUAAUCUUCAGGGGAGAAAACACAUGGCCAAGUUUGUGGCCACCAUGAAACAAAACUUGUUUGAACUUGAAAAGCUUACUGUAAGCAAGACUGGACAUGUAGAUUGCAGAUAUUAUCACAGAGAUGUCCAAGUUGUGGAAUCAGAGCAUGUUCAGUUGAAUGCUCAUCUCCAGGGAAGAAAACACAAGUCCAAGCUUGAAUUACUGACAACCAGAAAGGGAGAACUGGUUAUUUUACAGGUUGAUGGGAAGUUUAAAUACUGGUGCAUUUUAUGUGCUGCAAAGCUACCUAAUGAUUUAUCUUUGGCCUCUCACGUCGGAGGGAAACGGCAUCGAUAAACAUGACAUUUAGGCUUUCAGAAGCACAAAAUAUGGACAUCCAUUAUUAUUGAAUUCAAUAGUGAUGAAAAGAUUGUAGGACCUAUCUUUCCUGCGAUGGAUUGAAAUAUUGGAAUGAAUGUGAUGAUGUGCUGAGUGGUCCA